UCCACUCCGGGCGGACUGCCUGGGGCUGGGGCAGAGUUCCAGGCCCACAGCCCCAGUCCGGGUCGCGCCGCCUUGCUGCGCCCCGCGGCCCGCGCUGGGAGCGGGUCUUGUGCGCUCGAGGUGCCCCACGGCGGGCUGGGCUCCUGGGGCCCAUAGGCCCCGCGCCGUUGGCCGCCUGAGGAGAGCCGCUGGUCGUGGUCGACGCCAGGGAUAUUUCUUCAUCUUGAAGAUAAAGCAAAAAUCUUUUUUGGAGUAGAUGGAUUUUUGACACUCUGUGAACUAAAACGAUUCAAUGUCUCUCUUGGAUUGUUUCUGCACUUCACGAACCCAAGUUGAAUCACUCAGACCUGAAAAACAGUCUGAAACCAGUAUCCAUCAACACUUGGUUGAUGCGCCAGCCUUUUCCCACUUGCCUCCGUCCACUAGAGCCAAGGAUGUGAUCUGUUCCACCAAUGUUUCUCACUAUGAACUCCAAGUGGAAAUAGGAAGAGGAUUUGACAACUUGACGACUGUCCAUCUUGCCCGUCAUACUCCUACAGGAACACUGGUGACUAUAAAAAUUACAAAUCUAGAAAACUGCACUGAUGAACGCCUGAAAGCUUUACAGAAAGCAGUGAUUCUAUCCCACUUUUUCCGGCACCCCAAUAUUACAACUUACUGGACUGUUUUCACUGUUGGCAGCUGGCUUUGGGUUAUUUCUCCGUUUAUGGCUUAUGGAUCAGCAAGUCAACUUUUGAAGACUUACUUUCCUGAAGGAAUGAAUGAAACUUUAAUAAGAAACAUUCUCUUUGGAGCAGUGAGAGGGUUGAGCUAUCUGCAUCAAAAUGGCUGUAUUCACAGGAGUAUUAAAGCCAGCCAUAUCCUCAUUUCUGGUGAUGGCCUAGUGACCCUCUCUGGCCUGUCCCACCUGCAUAGUUUGGUUAAGCACGGACAGAGGCAUAGGGCUGUGUAUGAUUUCCCACAGUUCAGCACAUCAGUGCAGCCGUGGCUGAGCCCAGAACUACUGAGACAGGAUUUACAUGGAUAUAAUGUAAAGUCAGAUAUUUACAGUGUUGGGAUUACAGCAUGCGAAUUGGCCAGUGGGCAGGUACCUUUCCAGGACAUGCAUAGGACUCAGAUGUUGUUACAGAAACUGAAAGGUCCUCCUUAUAGCCCAUUGGAUGUUAGUAUCUUCCCUCCGUCAGAAUCCAGAAUGAAGAAUUCCCGAUCAGGUGUAGACUCUGGGAUUGGAGAAAGUGUACUUGUCUCCAGUGGAACUCAUACAGGAAAUAGUGACAGAUUGCAAACUCCAUCCUCAAAAACUUUCUCUCCUGCCUUCUUUAGCUUGGUUCAGCUCUGUUUGCAGCAAGAUCCUGAGAAAAGACCAUCUGCAAGCAGUUUAUUGUCCCAUGUUUUCUUCAAACAGAUGAAAGAAGAAAACCAGGAUUCAAUACUUUCACUGUUGCCUCCUAAGCCAUCAAUAGCGCUGUCUCCGGUGUCACCUUGGACUGAGCCGGAAUGUGAUUUUUCUAAUGAAAAAGACUUAAACUGGGAAUUCUAGGACUACCACAUCCUUUAUGUCCUAGAUACUUGACACUUUCUCCCUGCUGCUUUUCUUCUGUAUUGCUAGGUACAAAUACUAGAAUUAUACUUGAAAAUACAGUUGGUGCACUGGAGAGUCUAUUUCUUAAAACCACUCUCUUCAAAGGAGCAUGAGUUCAUAGCCUAUUUGGUUAACUCAGAGUUCUAGUGUAACUCCGGGAAAAUUUUAGAAUUAUGAAUCUAGCUACAUUUAGUGUCAUCUGUUCUCAAUUGUUUUUCCCCAAGCUGUGACUAACUCCCCUUCUUGAUCUUUCAAUAUAAUUUUUGAGCCAGUUUUCAGCAUUUUGUUGCCCUCAGGGGAAUGAGCCCUCAGAGGACAGUGCUUCCAAGUACAUUUUUUACUUCCAGAUUCUCUAGCCUUUUUGAUCAGCUGUUUUAGACCAACAGGCUAGUUUAUCCUGGCAUCAAAGCCCUUUUUUGAUAGAAGGGAAAAUGUUUAUACUUUCCCAUUUUAUUCUGUUAAUACUUAUGGUAAUAUCAAACUGAGCCUCACAUUAAAUGAUUCACUUGAAAUAUAGAGAAAUUGUAAUUUGCUUUGUUUUUUUCAUUUUUAAGAGGCUAAAGUGACACUUUUCUACUUCUGUAAAUUAUAGAUCCUAAAUUCAUGCACCCUGUGGGAGCUCAAUAAAGAUUUAUUGAAUUGAG